AUGCGCCCCCGCCGCCGCACCUCCAAUAUUCGCCUCGUCCUCUACCUCCUGAUUCUCGUCCUGAUCGUCGGCUAUCUGGUCAAUCGCCAGCGGGGCGCCACCAGCAAUGACGUUACGGAGGACUUGACCUACGAGGAGGAUCUGGGCACCUAUGCCCAAACGCCCGCAACCCGCGAGGGCGAGAGGGCUUUCGUCGUUGCCAGCCAGGAAAAGGACGACGUGGCCUGGCUGUACGACUACUUCCCCGACUGGACCAAAUACCGUUACAUCGUAGACAACCCCAAGGCGCAGUUGCGCGUGCCGUUCAACAAGGGGAGGGAGUCGAUGGUCUAUCUCACCUUCAUCAUCGACAACUACGAGAAUCUGCCCGACUAUGCGCUCUUUCUGCACCCGACGCGAUACCAAUGGCACAAUGACGAUCCCGACUAUGACGGCCUGAUGGUGCUGCGCAAUUUCCAGGUGCCCAAUCUUGAGCAGGAAGGCUACGUCAACCUGCGCUGUGCAUGGCAGCUGGGCUGCCCGAACGAGAUCAAGCCUUACGAGAAAGAUCCACGCGAAAACCAGCAACAAGGGCAUGCCGGGAAUUCAUACUACCACGCGUUUAAGGAGAUUUUUGGCGAGGAUCGUGAGGUCCCACAUGAGGUCGGCGUCAGCUGCUGCGCACAGUUUGCUCUCACGAGAAACAAGAUUCGUGAGAUCCCGAGAGAGGAAUACGUGCGAUUGAGGGAGUGGCUAGCGAAGACGCCUUUGCAAGACUCAAUAAGCGGGCGCGUGAUGGAGUACUCGUGGCAUAGUAAGUCUGGCCAAGUUUUCUUCCUCAGUCACCGGCACGAGCGCCUCAACGCUUGA